CACAGAGCAAGUGCUGAUAGUAAACAAGUAAGCACAGUUGACAGCUGUGGCAACCACAGAGGCAAAGCCUGCUCAGUGACAGGAAUGAAGGCUGUUCCAGAGACCAGUGACCAGGAGCUGGGAACAGGUACAAAGAAAGAACGAUGUCUUCGGGAGAAAAGCCUACUUCUGUGCGCCCUUCUUCUCAGUACUCUUCUUGGUUUUGCAUUACUCAUCACCUACAUCACGAUGACUUGUGCUCCAGGAUCAUGUGAUGUUGAACCGAGCCUUGCACUCUUGGCCAGACUCCUGAAUUCUAGGAAUGAUACUGUAGAUCCCUGUGAGGAUUUCUACAAAUAUGCUUGUGGCAGCUGGGAAGGCAAACACUCAAGCACAGAAGUAUCACAAAACAUCUUUGAUGUGCUGUUGGAAGAAAACCAGCUGAUAUUGAAAAGGCUUUUAGAGGCCCCACACUUUGAGAUAAGAGGCUCAGCUAAGGAAAAAGCAAUCCAGUUCUAUCGCUCAUGCAUGGAUACCCAAAGGAUAGAAUCCCAAGGAAGUCAACUAUUGAAGGACCUCAUAAAUCAGGUUGGUGGAUGGAACAUCACAGGCAUAGGGAAAGCAAAAGAUUUUAAUGAAACUCUUCAGAUUCUCAUGGGCAGAUACAACACUUUUCCCUUUUUCAGAGUGCAUGUGGGACCCAGUCCUUCUGAUCCCAAGACCAAUGUAAUUCAGAUUGACCAUCCUGAGUUUGAGAUGCCAGCUGAAAGUAAAUUCAAAAAGAAAAAUUAUCUUGAGGUUCUCCGUGUCUAUCUCUCAUAUUUGGAGAAACUGGGGGAACUACUUGGAGGUCUACAAGAUGGUCCUCCUCAUUCCUUUUCCCUUACCUUGUCCUUCAUCUCCAAUCUCCAGCGUGUUGUCACCCCCCUGCAGGAAAGACGGCAGAGGGGAAUGCUGUUCUUUCGCACUACCAUUAGGGAGUUACAGGAAAAGGCACCUGCUAUUGACUGGUUGUCAUGUCUCCAGGCUGUCUUCCAUCCUAUGCCAAUUAAUCUCUCUCAGCCAAUUGCAGUGCAUGAUAUGGAUUAUUUAAGAGGCAUGUCACAGAUCAUUGAAGAAUGGCACAAAGAAAGGGUUCCGCAUAUCUAUAUGAUUGUUUGUCUGGUUGGGAAUCUCUCCCCUGCCCUUGAUAGUCGAUUCCAAGAUGCACGUGAGGAGCUAUCUAAGAUUCUUUAUGGGAAAACGGAAUUCAAAGUGAUCCCAGAUGAGCGCUGGAGGAAGUGUCUGACUGAUACCAGUUCCUUCUUUGAGCCAGUCCUAGGGCAGAUGAUUGUGAAAGAAAUUUUCCCUGAGCAGAACAAGAAACUUGCUGAGCAGAUGUUCUCUGAGAUCCAAGAUACCCUCUGUGGUCAACUGGAUCAGCUGGAGUGGAUGGAUGAACAAACUCGCCAGGAAGCUAAAAUCUUGGUGUCCAAACUACAAGUGGAAAUUGGCUAUCCAACUUACAUACUCCAGACUGCCAAAGUGAACAAGGAAUACCAGAAUCUGGAGAUAAAUGAAGACACUUUUUUCCUAAAUGUGGUGGCUUGCUUGAAGAUGAUGAGGGAGAAUUCAUUCUCAAAGUUCCUUCAGCAUAAUUCACAAGAUACCUGGCAGGUGGCCCCCUGGGCUGUCCAUUCAUACUACUCAAUAGGGCACCACAUGGUGGUCUUUCCUGCUGGAAUGUUCCGCAGCCCUUUUUUCCACGUGGAGUUUCCCAGUGCUGUGAACUUUGGAGCCAUUGGGGUCUUCAUGGCACAUGAACUUCUUCACGUAUUUUAUGAUUAUAUGCAUCCUGGUGGCUGUCCUACAUGCAACAGUAGUGUGCUACAGAAAUCUAUAGAUUGCUUGGUAGAACAGUAUGAAAGUUUUGGCUUUAAGGUCAGUGGUACUUCCACACUGUUGGAGAAUACAGCAGACACUGGAGGUCUUGCCAUUGCUUACCAGGCCUAUAAGAAUUGGCUGAAAAAGCAUAAACAAGAGGAGUAUUUACCGAAGAUCGGACUUUCACAUGACCAGCUUUUCUACCUCAGUUUUGCUCAUGCAAUGUGUGGACACCAGGAUCCUGAGGAUUUACAGUCUUCCUUGGAUACAGAUCCACAUAGUCCCUUGCCACUUCGUGUCUAUGGACCUGUCAGCAAUAAUCAGGACUUUGUAAAACACUUCCAUUGUCCCCGUAGAUCACCAAUGAAUCCAGACAGCAAGUGCCAAAUCUGGUAAUUUGUUUGAAAAAGGAGGAUGAGAGACACGACCCCAGGGAGAUGAAAUCUUGAGCUGUGAAAGUAUGAUUCAUGGGUCAUACUCAGGGCCAGUGGAGUGAUGUGGAGCAUUUAUUUCCUCUUCUACCUUCCUCUUCUUGUUAUCCAUUUCCCAGCAGUUUAUGAUAGGAAUCAUCUCAAAUUGAGCUCAUAUGAGAAAAGUGUCUCUUCCUGCUGCUCCCAGCACUGUCUCAGAUGGGACAACUCUGUAGUUCAGCGUGUCCUAAGGUAACAAGAUGACUAGCCACUCCCUACUAGGUAGCUUCUCAGGAGUUGUUAACAGAAAGACUGUUGCAUCAUUAGGCCUGCUGUUCAGUGUAUUUCCCUGUCCACUGCAACAACAUCACCAUCAUGUUGAAUGGGCAGGACAAUAUGCCAGAGUCCUAAGACUUGUUCAUACGAGAUUGCAUCUUAGAAAAUUUCUUCGGGUUACAUGGAAACCACACAAGUAAGUUACCAGUGAGAGAAGAGUCCUCUUCUCUUCUUCAGCAGAUAAAUGGAGAGAAGUUGUAAGGAAAAAUUAGUGGUUCCAGUUUCUAGGUUGAAGAUGAGUCACUUAAUAAUGAAGGUUAUUCAUGCAUUUCACAAGGAAACAUCCUCGUUGACGGAAGUGGGACUGGGAGUUGAAAAUUGUUUCAUUUUCUUCUUUCUGUCUUUUCCAGAAAGAUUCCUCUUUUAUUCUUACUCUCUCUUUAGGGUUGAGGAUAUGGAUAAACAUGAAGUAUGAGGUAGUCACAAGGCUUUUCUAGAGGUAUCUGGAGAUCAUUAACUUGAAUAUUCCAAAUUCUCUGGAUCCUGAACCAGGCUUUCACAUCCCUACAUUUGUAAAUAUUUACCAUCCAAACAGAGAAGUUUAUCUGACAUAUGAUUUAAUAACUACUUGAAACUGAAUUUUAUGUAAUAGUUUACUUUGGAGAAAAAGGAGAGUUAAGAAAUAAUAUAUUUUAGGGUAGCAGGAGAUGUGCAUAAAAUACAUUCUCAAGAGCAACCUAAUAAUUAUAUCAAUUCAAUUUUUAAAAUUUCCCCCAAUCAAGAAGCAUUCAAAACUACCCCACAUUUUGCAUACUGUUAGAACUGUUCUGUUUAUUUUACUUAUUAUAUUGAAUGCCUGGGUAUUGUUUGUGGAAUAGAUGAGGGCAAGUGGAAAUGGCCCUUAUCAACGUAAGUACUACAUUGUGAAAAGCCCAGUAAAAGUGUUAAUCUUCACACACUGACCAAUGCAGCAAAAUAUUUUCCAAGAAUGAACUGUUCAGAGAUUUUUUCAUUAAUUUACAGACUAACAUGUUAAUAAAACAUUUGCUUUCAAACAAAACAAAAAAGAAUAACAAAAAAAUCCCUCCUCCCCUCUCAAAAGAAUUAAAAAAUAUAUAUAUCCCUUUGAUUACAAACUGUUUACGGCCUAGUCUGUAUCUUUAUUUGGUCUGUUCUCUUCAUGAACACAGUACAUAGCUGAAAUUCACAAAUAGUAGAUAAUAUUACAUUAUGAUAAUAGGAUUUAUUUAAACAGUGUAAAAACAAUCAAACAAACAAAACAAAAAGAAAACAGAAAAUUAGGGUAUUUUUAAAAAUCUUUACCUUUUAAACAUUGUAUACUCUCUCUUCACUUGUUUAAUCAACUUUGUCCUAUCAGCAUGUUCAGAACAUUUGGUCUUUCUUUCAUUGUUAUAAUAACCAAAUGUAUGUAACAUUAUACUAUGCAUCUUUGGUAUUACAGCACUUAUUUCACUGGACUUAUUUGUUUAAAAUGUAUAGAAAAAGA